UUCAUCUCAAUUGCCCUCACUUCCCGGAAAGGAGGAGGUCACAACAGCUCCCUUUAGCAGUGGCCUCUCCGCUUUAAAAGGACGUUCCUGUUCACACGGGGGGACUUAUUGAAACCAGACAGUGAAAUAACUGUCUUUUAGGUCUCUAAAGGCAUUCUGUGCCAUCAAGCCAGUCUUCUCGGCAGUACCCAGCCUGGUGUUAGCAUGUCAGGGUUCAAACCAGACAGUGAUUUGGACACAGACACCUGUAUUGACUGGUCCUUAAUGAACAGUCGACUGGACUCGUUCCGUGGCUCCAGCCUGGCCCAGCAGGUGUCAGCAGAGAGACUGGCCCGGGCCGGCUUUUACUUCACGGGUCACGCUGACCGCGUCCGCUGCUUCAGCUGCCAGAAAACUGUGGAAAACUGGUGCGGGGGAGACACCCCCGUAGAGAGGCACAAAGAGGUUUCCCCAUCAUGCAAGUUUCUCAACUGUACCCAUCGUACCAGUUGUGGUCCUGAUACGACACUAACUAAUGGAUCCUCCUACAAUGAGGAACUGGAAGACAUGGAGUUUCGUUUGAGAACAGGAGAGGUGGUUGAUGAGUCCACCUACCCUAUGGCCCCCCACAUGAAGAGUGAGGAUGCCCGACUUCGGACCUUCUCUUCAUGGCCCUCCAGUGCUCCUGUUAGGCCCCGAGAUCUGGCCCAAGCUGGCCUCUUCUAUUUGAGAGAGGGUGACCGGGUGCAGUGUUUCUGCUGUGGAGGCAUGCUGGCCGGCUGGGAAGCAGGGGACACAGCCUGGGGAGAGCAUUCCAAGUAUUUCCCCCACUGCUUUUUCAUCCUUGGGCACGAUGUGGGUAACAUCCCAUCACAGGGAGGUACAGAGGAGGACGACGAAGGGGAAAGAAUGCAACACUCAAGCCCUCGUGUCCCCAUGGAGAGCUUUGAGGAGAGGCUUAAUAGCUUCUCGGGUAUCCAGCACCCCAUUCAUCGUGAGAGACUCGCCAGAGCUGGCUUCUACAGCACAGGGACUGGAGACAGGGUUUUGUGUUUCCGUUGUGGUGGCGGUGUAAAAGACUGGCAGCCUGAAGAGGACCCCUGGGAAGAACAUGCCAAACACUACCCUGGAUGCAGUUUCCUGCUAGCAGAAAAGGGACAGGAAUAUAUCAAUAGUAUCCAGCUACAAGAUCCACCACGAAACAGUGCUACUCCAAGCCAUCAGAAUGGAUUUUCACGUCAUCAGAAUGAUGUCCUGCAGUCAGCCAUGGCGCAGAAGGCCAUAGGGAUGGGUCUGGAGCCUACCGUUGUCGAGAGGACCAUCCUGGAAAAAAUGAGCAGGACAGGUUCAGACUAUUCCAGCCUGGAAGCACUGUUGCAGGACUGCUUCAACAAAACUCCAGACAAUGAUGCUGCCAAGGCAGAGGAGGAAGACGAGGACCCACUGGAGAAACUACAUAAGCUGCAGAGGGAGAAGCAGUGCAAAAUAUGUAUGGACAGAGACAUCUGUGUUGUCUUCAUCCCUUGUGGUCAUCUGGUAACCUGCAAGCAGUGUUCGGAGUUGCUCAGCAAGUGUCCAAUCUGCUGUGGAGCCAUAACACAGAAGAUCAAGACCUACAUUGCAUAAUUUGGACUCUGGCCAAACUAAACGAAAUGCUGCUUCCUCACCUUUGAUUCCGUAAUACUCUAUCUUAAAAUUAUUGUACAUAGCAUUGUGUUAUAUUUAAGGAUCAGUUUGUUUGUAUGUGUUUCAGAAUGAGGGAAUGUACAAAUAUCACAAUACAUUUAUAUUUUCACAAUCAGUGAGAUAAUGAGUAUAUUUUGUUGAUAUUGUGUGUUAUACAGGUUCAUCAGGCCAUUAAAUUUUGGCACUUGUAAAUGGACAAGAUGAUGUAGAUAAUAAUGUAUGAUGAUGAUGAUGAUGAUGUAAAUGAUAAUUUCUUUUUUUUUCCAGUUUUUCUUGCCUGAGGUGCCUUUCUUAAAUUUUAUGUACUCACUGUGUGUCAUGUGUCAUUUUACUUUUUUUUUUUAUUUUUAUUUUGUUAUAACUCAACACGGACUUUUAAGUUAAUCAUUGUUCUACUAUUUCUCCCAACUCAUCUGGUUUGUUUGGUGUGCUCUCUAUUUUAGACUCAGUUUGAUAUUUCUCACCAUCUGCUGCUCUGUACUGACACUGGUAAACUUAAUCCAGUUUAUUCAUAAAGACUUUGCUGCAUACCUGACAAAAUCAGCUCUGGGUUAGUCUGUAAUCAGUUAUUCUAGAGUGAAAUUAUUUCAUUUAGUGUUCCACCAUGCAGUUUAUCAUCAAAAGUGUAAAAUAAAUUUAAUUUAUCUGAGUUAAUGUUUUGUUUUGUUUGUUUCUUUUUACCUCAUUUACUCAUUGAGAAAGUUCAGCAGACUUCAAUUUAACCUUAACCUUGAUGAAGACAUAGCAACCCAGUGGUAUUAAUGUUGUCAUGUUCUGGAGGAACUCAGAUUAUGUAUAAUUGGCAGAGUGCCUCUUGCUACUGUGGACAAUAUAACCUUUUAAUCCUUUUUCUUUAACUGACCAAAGAGCACCUACAGAUAUUAACCCAGAGAUCCAAGCAGCACUUCAGUUCCUCUAUGUUUUAUCAAAAAA